GGGAGAUUCCGGUUGUCUCGGCCCGGGCUUGAGGUCUCUUGGCCCUGACUGUCAUAAGUUUCGUCACUCUGCAAUCCCCGGCAGGAAUUAUCCAUAGGACUAGAGUCCUGCAUAUACUUUCACAACUCAAAGCUACUUUCCCACAAGUUUUCAUCUCGAGUCUACAAACGAAGUUACCUAAUCAAGUCAUAAUGGCUUCUCGAUUACCGUUUCACCGUCUCUCUGAGCAACAUCUGAGGACUCUUCCUCGACACGCCAGCGCCUCCCGCAGCCUCCACUCUGGCCGUUGCAGGAACUUCACGUCCGUUGCGCUCCAGAAUCCCGCUAAAGCCUCUCUCAGGCCGACCUCGGGACUCCAACAAAUCGCGGUUCUGGGUCCCAACGUCUCACGCUUCAACAUCGUUCCAUUUUGGCGUUCUCAAAUCAGAACUUAUGCGGACACUGUUGUCAAGGUUCCGCAAAUGGCGGAAUCGAUUACAGAGGGAACAUUGAAGCAAUUUUCCAAGCAGGUUGGCGACUACGUCGAGCGGGAUGAGGAGAUUGCGACCAUCGAAACAGACAAGAUUGACGUGUCAGUCAAUGCUCCAGAGUCGGGUACAAUCAAAGAGCUCCUCGUGAGCGAAGAGGACACAGUUACGGUUGGGCAGGACCUUGUCAAGCUGGAGCUUGGGGGCGCCCCUGAAACCAGGAAAGAAGAGGCAACCGAAAAGCCAGCCGCCCCAGCCGCCGCCGAUAAGCCCACAGCUUCGGAACCCACACAGCAUAAAGCACCGGAAGCACCGAAAGCUCCGUCUGAGAAGCUUACAACGCCGGAGCCUAGUCCCUCGAAGAAAGCAGAACCAACACCUACCAAGUCGCAGGCCCCUGAGGAUGCGAAACCCAGCGUUGGGGGUCGUGAAGAACGGAGGGUGAAGAUGAACAGGAUGAGAUUGAGAAUUGCGGAGCGUCUGAAGCAGUCCCAGAACACGGCAGCUUCGCUCACUACCUUCAAUGAAGUCGACAUGUCCUCACUUAUGGAGUUCCGGAAGUUAUACAAGGAUGCUGUGUUGAAGAAGACCGGUGUGAAGCUUGGAUUCAUGAGUGCCUUUUCACGUGCUUGUGUUCUGGCCAUGAAAGAUGUCCCCGCAGUCAACGCAUCUAUCGAAGGCCCCAAUGGCGGCGACACAAUCGUUUAUCGCGAUUACGUUGACAUUAGCGUGGCGGUUGCUACCGAGAAAGGUCUUGUCACACCAGUAGUCCGCAAUGCGGAAACUAUGGACCUCGUUGGCAUUGAGAAGGCCAUUGCGGACCUUGGCAAGAAGGCCCGUGACAACAAGUUGACAAUCGAGGACAUGGCUGGAGGCUCUUUCACCAUCAGCAAUGGUGGAGUCUUUGGCUCUCUGAUGGGCACCCCGAUUAUCAACCUCCCACAGACAGCUGUUCUUGGCCUCCACGCAAUCAAGGACAAGCCGGUGGCUGUGAACGGUAAAGUUGAGAUUCGACCUAUGAUGUAUCUGGCCCUGACGUAUGAUCACCGACUACUGGACGGCCGUGAGGCUGUGACUUUCCUGGUCAAGGUCAUUCAUCCACCUUAAACCGCUUCCUCAGAAUUGGAUGCUAACAAUAACUAAUGCAGGUU